AUGGACAUCAACAUCCCAUCAGACACAGACGGCAUUGUCGCGGAGCUCGCGCGCAUCUCUGCGUAUAAGCCCACCAAAGCAGAGCGCCGGCUGAACCACCUAGGCGAUAAAAUAUCCACCGUCGCUGGAAGUGACGACGCUGCGGCGUUUUUGUUCAUCGAACGAGAAGUCUCCAACCUCACAGAGAAGAGCAAAAUCGUCAUGGCCGUUCUGGACGAGGUAGCCCGGCUCCAUCCCAUCACCCAAGCCGCCAUCCUCCUUUUCAAGGCCGCUCUGAACCUUGAACUCGGCCGACGGGAAAACGAUGUUAAGAUUAGGGUGCUAUGCACGACGAUGUGCGAUACGAUGGAGGUUCUCACCCAUUUGAAGGGGGUGGCAAGCCUCCAGGAAGCCGAAUACCCCUUGCUGAAGCGGUGCAUGGACAACAUCGUCGCCUCAAUCAAACUCUGUGCCAAAGUAUGUGACAGUUACCGCAAGCAGAGCCUCCUCGUCAAGAUAUUCACCAGCUCGGGGUGGAAGACAAAGUUCGCCGAGGUCGGCCAGCGAUUCGUGGACCAUCGGAGUGCACUGCAGACUCAUCUUCACGUCGAGCUGAACAUCGCGGCCAUGAAACUGCGCAAGGACGUUUCUACAAUCGGCCUACGUAUGGAAACGCUCAUGACGAUGGUGUUCGAGCACAUGGGAACUCUGGAGGAGCGCGAGCUCGCGAGCUUUAUCUCGAGCAAAUCCGGGGGCGCCGGUGCGGUGCUGGAGAACAAACAUCUUCUCGCACAGAUCAUCGCGAAGCAGCGCUCGUCACAAUCACAGACUCGUACUGAGCCAGGAGUGGCGGAUGUGCCAUUCACAGUCGACUAUCUGCAGAAGGUUGCUAAGAAGACCGUGGAUAGCAUCAUCAACGGCAACGAAUGUUUCGAAGACAAGUUUGCGGCAAUGUCCAGCGAGAUCGAUAAAGUCCAAGUUGCAAUCCUAGGCGGCCCUCAUGAACGUAUAAUUGACGAGGAUCUUCAUCAUAUCUGGAAGGAGAUGGGGUGGAAGAACAGCGUCAAGGCAAAGCAUCUCGUAAUGGCUAUCCACGACCAUUUCGCGAAAGCAAAUUGUGUCGGCGUUUCCACAGAGGUCUACGACGUAGCAAACAAAGCACGGCCAGGGAUAUCACCACGCGCGUCCUCGGAGGGCUCUGGCGGGCACCUUCUAGUUCCCCGCAACGAGGCAUGGGCGUUGCGGUACAUCACCGCAUCCCGCGCGCAGCUUCUCGUGGAAGCCAUCAACCACGAUCUAUCUUCGUUUGUGACCGUAUCGGAGGUGAACGCUUUUACCUCGAUGUGCCCUGCGGGAUGGAGUCUCCCAUGCUGGGUCGCGUACUGGACAUACGGCUUUGAAAUGACCGUGCAAUGGUACUACCGACGCAUCCGCGCGCUCUUCUCCGGCAUACAUGCCGCCUCCUAUCUCGUGCUUGCUGAGAAUCGGCGAACACUAGGGAAAUUCAUUUCUUCUCCGCAACUGCAUUUUGUCGAAAAUAUUAUGUCCGGACUGCACCGUACGACCAUCGACAGCGAGAUCGACUGGGAGCGGGACGACACCUUUACAAAUUUCAAGGCAUACGUCGUGGAACAAGAGAGCGAAUUCGAGCGGAGACUGCGCCUCGUCAAAUAUCGGAUCGACGAAGUCGAGACCCUUAGAAGUCUAAUAGCCAGGGGGCAGAGACCAGAGACGUACAUCCUUCCCGUUGUAUUCCUUCUUCUCAGGAGGAGCCUUGCUGUCAUACAACAGGCAUCCACCUGUGUACUCGACACUCUAGAGCUCGGCGUCCUCGUAUGGUCGCUCGACACAGUCUGGGAAGCUGCUAGAGAUCGGGUCAAGAUUCUGCGAACGAUGUUCAAGUUCCAGAAUUUCAACAACCCGAAACAGCUUGGAAAUUUCUCGCAUGGCUUGUAUGCACACCUAUCCGGUCAGAUCAAGAUGAGUCCUUUCUGGGAGCGCGAUCCGGCAAUGGACAGAGCGCGCUUCUCCUUUAGACGGCCCUUGCGCACUCCACCCCACAUUCGCGACUUUUACUCCGACCCGAAAUGGGAUGCAGAUCCAGAGAUGGGCUGUAACUCCGAGUGGGACCUAUACUCCCUCACCGGCCUGGCCUCCGACGAGCUUCCUUUGUCGUAUCCCAGUCCCCAGGUCGAAAGUCUGGAUGAUAUCCUCGCCGAGCGCCCCGACCUAUACGCCGCCAACGCCGCCUGUGCCGCAGACCCGGAUCCUGGCGGCGUGGUUGGAAGCCCCAGACUUCUUGUCGGUCACUGGCAGGGUUCAUACACCGAUGAUGACAACGACGCAGACAGAACCGACGGCCUUGUCAUCCUCACAAUCACCUCCCAUCUGUCUGACGGGACAGUCGCUGGCUGCGGCAAGGACGUACACGGCCCCUUUACGAUAAGCGGGACUUUGACUGGGCUCAACUUUGCCUUCAUCAAGACAUACGCCGUGCUUCAGUCAUCCGACGGCGAGAAGGUUGCGUGGUGCUACCAGGCCGAGCUUCAAGACGCGGACAUGAACACGAUGGAGGGCUCAUGGGGCCUUCGACAAUCGUUCCGAGCACGCUCACGAUUCUUGGCGCCGGACGACUCCGAAAGCGAAAGUGAAAGCGACAGCGACCCGCAUGCGGACGACCUAGCGGUGUACGGCUCAUUCACCUUCACCCGCCGUCCCGUCGGCUUUCAUCUCGCCUGUCCAUCUGCGGACGAGUUCGCCCACAACCGCCCUCGCGCGCUGUGGAAGCUCGCGAUCAACGUCGCAAUCCAUCUCGUCCAUGUCCGGUCGCGCACGAUCGACUGGAAUUCCCUUCGCAAGCGCCGCCAGCUGCGCGAGCAGUACAUGCAAUUGCACAUGAAGAAGGUGGCGAACCCAUAUAGCACGAACUAUCUGGAGGAGCGCGAACGCGAAGAGCUGGUAAAGAGGAUCCACCCCGACGACCUGGUUGUGUGGAAUGCGCUGGGAGUCAUGCGCUCAGGCUGCGGUAUCAUUCACGGGUGA